AUGAAUUCACGACCAUCAUCUGACUGUAAUCAUUCGAAAAGUGGAAUAUGCGCACGGUCGAAAAUUUCCUCGCCACAACUUAAACAGAAUUUCAGUUGUGUACUUCAAAAAACGUUCAAUUUAUCGAAUGAUGAAGCAACUUAUGCAACGCAACUACAGCGUCUUUCCUGUAACAGCCUGUAUUCAUUAUGUACAGAUAAUAGAGUAAAAUCGUUUUUACCUGACUCCUAUACACCUGAAGAUUCAUCGAAAAGUGUUGAACCUGUAGAUGAGAUUGGAAAACCAGUCGUUGAUAAAGAGAGCAGUACUAUAUCAUUUUCUCUCGGCGGUGUUUCUUUAUCGACAUCAUUAGAAAAAGGUGCUUCUUCGGAGAGUCUUAACUUGGGACCUCGAACUGCUGGGGAUGGUGCAGAUGAUGAAGAAAGUCUUACUGGUACUGUUACUUCUGGUGAAUGUGUAUCGCAAAAAAGUUGUGAAGAUGAAGGGGUUGCAUUCAAAUGCGUUGCAGCAGAAGAACAAACUACUGAUGGAGAAGAAGACAUAAGAGAGUGUAGUAAUGUGGCAGAAGCUAAACUGGAGAUUGUCAACAAAAGUUUUUUAUAUUUUGCUGCAUCUAAUCGAAGUUGGUUGUUGCGGUUAUUUGAGUCCGAUUUAUUCGACAUUCAGAUAGCCAUACGAUAUCUCUCUACUUGUAAAGAAGCCGGCGUUUUGAAUUAUUUAGGCAAUCGUCUAUUCGACUUACCCGUGCAAAUGGUAGAUUUUUACAUAUCACAACUGAUUGUUUUGUAUAUAAAUAUUCGUGAAGUUGCUGAGGUCAUUCAUCCGUAUGUGGUCAAGAGGUGUAAAGAUAGCGUUGAGUUUUCUUUGGAAUGCUGCUGGUUGCUAGAUGCCCAUGGUGUUAGUGUUUGUCGGAAAUCUGACCGAAAAUCUCACGGGCGUUUUUUACGACAGUCAAUAUUGAAUGAAUUUCGUGAAGCAGAUAGUUUCAAUGAAAGUACAAGAUCCGUAGCAUCUUCAAAGUGGCAUUCUAGAUCAUGUUCAGAAAGCAGUAAGAGUUUUGUUACUUCAGAUCUUUCUAAAGAUGACGAAGUUCUACGAGCAGCAAUUAUAAAUGAGAAUCGGCGUUGCAAAAGUAGUCAAAAUGCUAAAGUUCUUGGUGAUUUAACAUCUGGUGGUGCCUUUGACAAUGGUUGUCCCUGUUUUGAUGAUGAACGUUGUAUCGUUGCUUCGCGGAAUGUAAUGAAAAUGAAGUGUACAUGUGGAGCACUUAGAAUCCGACCAGAGCAGGAAUUUGUGAAGGCGCUUAUAGAUAUUGGCAACAAGUUAAAGAAUUUUUCUAAUAAAGAUGAACGAGCGCGUUGUUUAGUUGAUGAACUUUGUAAAAUUAACGUCAAUCUGCCAGCGCGGGUGUGGUUGCCAUUAUAUGCGCAUUCAUUGAAACAUGUCGUCCUUCGGAUACCGCCUCUUGCUAGUUGCAUAUUGAACAGCAAAGACAAAGCUCCAUAUUGUUUGUUCGUAGAAGUUUUGGAAGUAGAGGAUGUGAGACAAGCGAGGAUACCGAAACGAAUUAGCGAUAUUGAAGCAGCAGAAUACCAGCGCAAAGGUCGCAAUGUCUUCGCUUCAGCUUCGAAAAUUCCGUCUAAAAAUAUGCCAAAGCGUUUCAACGAAGUCCGAACUAAAUCCAGUGAGGCAAUAUUUGUUGAUAUCGUAAAACCUACUAUUAAUUUGGCAGGGCCAUCUGUAGAAUGCAAAGAAAAGGGAAAUACUGUUGAUAUUCGAAGAAGAUUUUCGUUAUGGGUUAAAGGUCCUAAGCAUCAGUUACGAGACACACCAGAUGAUCCAUCCGCAUCAGCGAUGAGCGAACCAUGGGAGGACAAGGUGGCUCGCAUUAAAAAUUCUUCUCCUUAUGGGCGCCAUCCUCUCUGGCGCUUAUUACCAGUAAUUGUGAAAACUGGUGAUGAUUUGAGACAGGAACUGUUGGCAUAUCAGUUGCUUUCGAUUUUGCAGAAUAUAUGGGUUGAAGAGAAAGUUCCUCUUUAUUUGCGACCAUACAAAAUUGUGGUGUGCUCGUCAAAUUCUGGAAUGAUUGAACCGAUAUUGGAUGCAUCAUCACUGCACCAGAUCAAGAAAAAUAUGAUAAUUCGCGGUACACCAUCGUGUGCAGUGCCACCUGCUUUGCUCACACAUUUUUUCGAAACGUUUGGUCCUCCAAGUUCAGAAAAUUUUAUGAUUGCGCAGCAAAAUUUUGUGCAGAGUUGUGCAGGAUAUAGUCUUGCAUGUUAUUUUUUACAGGUGAAAGACAGACACAAUGGUAAUAUACUGUUGGAUUCCGAAGGUCAUUUAAUACAUAUAGAUUUCGGAUAUAUUCUUUCUAUAUCACCAAAGAAUCUGGGCUUCGAAACGUCACCAUUUAAGCUUACACAUGAAUUAAUCGAUGUCAUGGGUGGAAUAGAUAGCGACAUGUUUAGCUACUACAAAAUUUUACUCUUGAAGGGUUUACUAGCAACAAGGAAACACCAUGAAAGGAUUCUCAGUAUUGUUGAAAUCAUGAGUAACGGUUCACAGCUUCCUUGUUUCCGAGGUGGAUUCAAUGUGGUGCGUUCUCUUAAGGACCGUUUUCAUAUGAACUGCACUGAAGAACAGCUGCAAAUCUUAGUAGAUGCUAUGGUUGAACAAAGUCGUGAUUCCAUUACUACUAGACUUUAUGAUAACUACCAAUAUUAUAGCAAUGGCAUUUUGUGA